AUGUGCGUAGGUAAUUCUGGCUAUCAGCAGCUUCGAACAAUGUAAGUGUGUAAAAUAUGCAACAGUAUCACACGUUCUUGGGUAUCAGUAGGAAUUGGCAUAUUUUAGGAAUAUUACUGAAUUUUUCUUCUUUUUAAAAAUGAAAUUCUUUGUGCUAUUGGUUUUUAUUCCAAGUCUUAUUACGGCAACAAACCUAUGUCCAGAUAAUAAAACACCCUGCCCAGAAAACAAGCAAUGCUGUGAAAUUGAUGGCAUAUAUUCAUGCUGUGAUCCUGACGAUGACCAUGAUACACCAGCCACAAGACUUAAAGUAUAUCCUGGAGAUGAAAUCAUGAGUUCAACCACUUUUGGAAAUACAUCGUCACUUACCAACGAUUCUAAAUUGCAUUAUGAUCUGUAUGAAUGUAAUUUUUUUACUUGCUCAGGUACAUGCUGCUCUAGGGCCCCUGACGCUUGCUGUCCCGACAAACUUGCCGCAUGCUGUGGUGGUAAUAAAUGCUGCCCUUCUUUAGGCAAGUGCUGUUCUGGUGGUUGCUGUGGAGCUUUAGAAAAGUGCUGUGGAACUGGCUGCUGUAGCUAUAACGCUGCUUGCUGUGGUACAUGGUGCUGUAAGGCAGGAUACAGAUGCGGCUCAAGACACUUGUCCUGCCGAAGUAAAGGAUUCGCCAUAUAUCCUGGAAUAAUUGUCUUGCUCUCGAUGGCAGCUAGUGUUUUUCUGUUUCAUCGUCUUUAAGAAAAUUCAUUAUAUUAUAAUGAACACCCGAUCAUAAAACAUGUUGGAUUCUCUGAUCAAUGGCAAUUUUUAUUGAAAAAAUGAAUUUAAUACAAAGUAAAUUUAUAUGCAAAUAAAAAAAAACAGUGCAUGAGUGUAUCAGAGUGACAAAGAAAUUUUAUUUACUUUUAUAGACACCAAUUUUGUAUUAACUGAGUUUUUCAAAGAAGAGCUGAGGUUUCAAACAAGAAAUGUAGAGUUGGCAAAAUAGAUAAAGAUGUUGCUUUGAAAAAUUUAAUUGCUGACUUUGAAAUUAAUAAAUUUUUUGAUGCCCCCGAUUACUGACACGAAGUGGAUGAUAAAUAAGAAUUUUUUAAAAGAAAAACUAAGGCAUGUAAAGAUCUCUUAACUCGUUUCAAAACAUCUGAAGAUUUUUAUUUUGAAAUUAGUCAUUGCUGUCUUUGGAAUCAAUUCUUAGCUUAUAUUUCAGAUAUUGUAAAGACGUAAAAGUUAAAUCAGACAUUUUUUUUUUAAUUUUUUUGUACACGUAGUGUACAAAUAGAAAAUAUUGAAUUAUCAAAAAAUUUGACUCCAGAGUUUGACUUAUCUCUACGCUUCAGAGCUCACUGAUUUAAAAAAGACACAUUUUUGCAAUUUUGCCAGUCUGUCUGUAAACACAGUAAUUCAAAAAUACUUUCAGCUAGAUGGAUAAUAUUUGAUAUACGAAUAUCAAAUAUGAUGAUGUCGAUCAAAUUAUCAAUCGUGAUCCAUUCAGAAGAAAUCUAUCGGUCUAAUAGAGUACAAGUGCACUCCAUAAUUACAAAUGUAAAAAAAAACUCGUAAACUAGUAUAACUACAAAAUUCAAAACAUGGUACACAUGUUUAGUAUUUAAAAUAUAGAUUGUGUCGAAUUUUAGACCCAAUUUAUCAACGAACUGACCAUUUGUUGACCUGGGCCUUUCUAAUUAAGCAUAAUAACUCAGCAAGUCAAUCACUUAAAUUUUUAACUUAAAACCUCUAUUUUUAUUCCUGAAAUUUGAAAACAGAUUCAUAUUGAGAUUCCACACAGACAUAUUUAUUUUGCACUCUACUCUAAUAAAUUAAAAACAUCAAGAGAACACAUGAAUGCAUACAUUUAAUACUAGAAUCUUGUUUCUUAUUCAAUUAAAAAUGAAGUGAAACAACGUGGAUCUAAAGAAAGUUCAUUCACUUCAGUUCGUUUUUAAGGAGAUAGCAAUUUUGAGUUACAUUACAGGGAGCUCCUAUUUCGGAAAUUUUAAUUUGUUUUCAGAGAAAUCUUUUGUAUAUAAUUUCAUAUUUGUAAUUAUGUCAAGUUAUCCAACAUUAAAGCCGUGUUAAUUUAAUUGUCAUAUUUAAUUUCUAUUUAUUAUGUACAUGAACUUCUCUAAAUAAGACAAUCCAUUAACAUACCAGUAAUAAAGACAUAAAUAUAUGGUUCAUCUAUCAUCUACAUUUCCCAAUUUCUUAAAUUAAUACUUUUCUUGCAAAUUACUCUUUUUCUUUAACUUUCCAGAAUGUAAGAAAAUCAUGUAGUUAAAUAUUCAAACCAUUUUCGUUGUGAAAACGAAAAUGGUUUGAAUUCCAGGGUAAAAAUGCAAUCUAUUGUUGGAAAUUGGACAAAAAAAUACGUUUAAGAACUUACCAAAAUUCAGCAAAAAUUCUCUUGUUUAUUAAAUUGAUAUCAUUAAAAAAAGACAUAUUUAUGUAUUUUAAAACAGUGUAAAAAUUAUUUCUUUGUAGUGAUAUUUUCGGACGAUAUCGCGGAAAAUGACAAAAUUCAGCUUAAUUAUUAAUUAAUUAAAAUUCUAAAUAAAAUUUCAAAAAAAUUCAGUUCGAGGUACGCAUUUCCACCCUUCAAAAUAUAUACAUAUGAAGUUUGAUAACUUUUGUAGUUCAAGUUGUUUGGCUUGUAGAACCAGACUCAGCAUUUUUCUUUAUUAGUAGUAGAUAUAUACUGCUUGAAAUUUUUUUAAAUUAAUAUUUUUUAUCUUUUUUAAAAAAAUAAAUAAAAUAAAAUAAAAGCUUUUUAAUAAUGCGAAUAGGAGACCUUAUGUUCUUAAAAAAUAAGGGAUAAAAAAAGAAAACCUUAAAUUCUGGGAAAAAGAUUUUUUUAGUUUUAUUUUAUUGGGAAUAAAAUAAGUUAGCUAUGGGGCUGCAAUUAUACAAUAGGAAAUUAAAUAAAAAAUAACGCACUAUGAGAUAUAGCUGUUCUUUAAUCAUAAGAGAAAAAUUCUAAUUCCACACUCUUCCAAAACUAGCCGCUUUUGGUGUCGCUUUGUUAAAUGCAAAAUAAUUGACAAAAUGGAAAUCUUUUAUCUUCUAUUAAUAUUAGAACAAGUCUAGUAUACCGGAAAUGUUGCAACUAUUUUUAAUUUUUCACUCACAAACUUGAAAUGUUGUUUGUAAGAUACUCAAUGCUGUAGUAUUCAGUAUACUAAAUAAAAAAGUUGUGUCAGUAUUUCAUAAUUCCGGCAGAUGGUCUUAAUUACAUACAUAUUAAAAAUUCUGAAGUAAAAAUUAUUUGAAAAGAUCCCUGAUUUUAGGUGUUAACGAUAUCGAGACUAGUUUUUUUUAAGUUAUAUUUUUUCAAUUAUUUUACAGUAUUUCUCAAACAUAAAUUUCACUUAUUAUAUUUUCAGGACAACAGCAGUCAAUCUUAUCCAAUAUAAUUGUGAUAUCUUAUUGUUUUCUCUCGUUCUGUGGGAACACAUUAUCUGAUUUUCAAAGAGAAAAUUAAAUGCAUUCUAAAUUUAUAAAAUUUCUUAAAAAAACCUAUAUAAACGAUAUGAAAUAACUUCAAAUCUGAUAAGUUUUAUAUAAUAAUACACUUAUAUAAACGAAAAUUCAAACUUGAAAAUCAGAUAAGUUUUGGGACAAAUUUAGGGAAAAAAAUUUAAUUUAAGUUGAUUGAAAAAUCUUUAUAGAAAACAAUUUUCAAAAUGUACUUCUUACACAUCCUCAAAAAAAUUUGAAUAUACUAGGUGUAAAUGGGCACUUUAUACAGCUAACUUAAGGGAAUGAAUGCAGGCAUCUUGUACCGCCAAGUUAAAGGAUUGGCUGCAGAAAUCGAUUAAAAUGAUGAUAUUAAUAAAUAAAUUCGUAAAGAUUAUUAAAUCUAGGUGAUUCAUGAAAUAUUAGGUGCCAAAAUCGAUGCAACGCUAUUAUGAAUAAAAAUCAAUUAUCAAAAACAUUCAUUUUCAAAAGUUAAUAGAUUUUUUAUAUUAAAGUGAAAUAAAGCAUUAAUUUAUUGAUUAAUUUACAAGAAAGUUGAAAUGUGAAUUAAACUGACUAGCUUAUUAAAAAAAUAUGCAGCGUCAAUAUGUACACUGCCAAGGCCGUAAAUGCUUGAAUCCGUCACUUUACAGACUUUAAUGACCAACCACCUCGAAUCGCCAUGGAUAAUUUCGUUAGUAUUUGAUUCCUUCCUUCCUUUCGUUACUUUGGGUCCCUUAUUAUUAUUCUGAAAUUGAAGGUUAAGAGUUAUCUCCAUUUAAUGUUUUUUGCUCAUUAUUUUCACAACACAUUCAAAAAGAAAAAAAGAAAAAAUGGAAUAUAAUGCUUUAAGCAUUCUGUCCUUGAGCUUUCCCUUCGCCUCUAUCUUUUUUCCCAUCAGUCACGUGGGCGGACUGAAAUUGUGUCUUCGAUUGGCUAAUACCGCUUACUGAACCCUUCAUCAUUUGCGUGUUGAACAGUUCCAGAGAAGACAAAAAUGUUUGGAAUAGAACUUGUGUUUGGUUCUUUGCCAGUCAAUGUUCUCAUUGGACUCGCUACAAUUGUUUUAUUGUAUUGGUAUUCAGUCCGAAAUCAUGACUAUUGGGCAAAGAAGAAUGUCCCACAUGUGAAACCUUUACCGUUUCUGGGAUCAUUACUGGACAACAUGCGAAAACCUUUUCAAGAUGUCGAAUAUGAGAGAUACAUGAAACUGGGCCGUGUAUAUGGUCAUUAUGAAGGCAACAAUCCAUUGCUGUCCGUUGGAGACCCAGUCCUUCUGAGGGAUAUUCUAGUCAAGGAUUUUGCCUAUUUCAUUAACAGAAGGCAAGUUGAAUUCGGAGACAAAGUAGUGGACAACAUGCUUACCGCCAUACGUGGAGAAGACUGGAAACGAAUUCGAAGUAUCGUCACUCCUACUUUUACCACUGGAAAGAUAAAGAAAAUGCUGCCCAUUUUCAAGGAUUGUACCGAAGCACUGAUAAACAAUUUCAAGACUUCUGCAAAAGAAGGAAAAGAAGUUGAUGUGAAAAGAAUGUACAGUGCUUUCUCCAUGGAUGUUAUUGCAAACUCUGCUUUCUCCACCAAGAUCGACUCACUCAACGAUCCGAACAAUCAAUUCGUCCAGGUUGCCAAGACCGUUUUCGGCGAAGAAGCUACUUUUUUUAAGAAGAUAAUAUUUCUACUUUUCUUUUUAUGUCCUGGAGUGUUGAAAUUUUUCAAAAUUCCAGUCUUCGCUUCGGAAGCUUCGAAAUUUUUUAAGGAUAUUACCCUUAGGAUUAUAGAAGAGCGAAAAAAAACAGGACAGGUGAGAAAUGAUUUUCUACAACUCCUAAUGGAUACGGCUAAAGAAGUUUCGGAAGAUCAAAAACUAGAGACUUCUGAGAAAGAUAAGGAAGAUAUAACAUCAAAUUAUGAAGAAAGCAAUGCAGGACAUCAGAUUUUCAAAGCAGUCACCACAAAAAAGCUUUCGAUAGACGAGUUAGUCGCCCAAAGUGUGAUCUUUUUCAUUGCGGGACAUGAUACGACGGCUUCCACUCUAGCUUUCGCUACUUAUUUCCUCGCCCUCCAUCAAGACAUCCAAGACAGACUUCGAGCAGAAGUGGACUCUGCAAUCGAAGACAAUGACGGACAGCUGACUUACGAAUCUAUACAAAGCAUGAAAUAUCUUGACAAUAUUAUUUCUGAAACUCUGCGAAUUUAUCCUGUAGCUAUAAGAUUAGAGCGUCAUGCUGAAUCCGACUAUAAAUUACGAGACACAGGAAUCACUAUUCCAAAAGGCAUGAUUGUCUCUAUUCCAGUAUUUGCCAUUCACAGAGAUCCCAAGCUUUGGCCUGACCCAGAGCUAUACAAUCCGGACAGAUUUAUGCCAGAAGAAAAGGCCAAGCGAGAUCCUUAUUCUUACAUUCCUUUUGGAGCUGGCCCCCGGAACUGCGUGGGAAUGAGAUUCGCUCUCACGCAGAUCAAAGUAUGUCUCGCUCACAUCAUCGCCACUUUCAAGAUCAGCAGGUGCCCGCAGACAAAGGUCCCUUUGGAAUUUAACAUGGGUCAACAAGGAUUGCUACAACCAAAAGAAAUAGUUGUCCAAUUUGACAUUAGGAUUGACAGUCAUUUGCUGAAAUGAAAGUGGAGUUAUAUGGAACUAAUUAGUUCAAAAGAGAUUCUUAAUACUGACUGUAUGUCAAGAACUACAUUAGUGGGCUUGGAGAGAUUUGGCCUUUCGCAUUUUACAUGUUUUGAUUUGCAUUAAAAAUACAUUUGUUGUUGAUGAUUGUAAUUUCAUAUUUGUAAUUGUGAUUUUUAUAAAUUUAUAAAUAAAGUAUAUG